UACUUUUGACACCUCUGUUAGUAGCACAUGUAAUGACACAGAACCAUAACAGACAUCAGUAACGCAUCCGUAUCAGGAAGCUCUAAAUUACGGACACCACCUAAACGCGUCAUACGUUCGGUAGUAAUCAACCCAGAGAGUAGUGACAACAAUGAGAUAGCAGUAAUUUGACAAGCAGGUAAUGUUAGAGCCACGCGGAUUAAAAUGAUUAGCUAACCGGCUAUGACAGCGGGAUUUACUCUGAACCUGGUCCGAGUUUUAGUAAAGUUUAUAGAGUCCCUUUCGUUUGAGCGGAGAGUCGCUAUCGCUAAUUUAUUUUAUUUUAUUAGCGAAAGUGCGUCUCCAACGUCGGACCUGAAUGUAUAAACUACCAGGAAAUGCUGGUGUGCCGGUGUUUGGGGACAAGUCGCUGGAGUUUUACCGGGACCCGGUGAGCUUCUGCCAGCAGAGGAUCGAGAAACACCGGAGCAGAGUGUUUCAGUGCCGCAUGCUGAACAGACCGACCGCCUUCAUCUGCUCCGUGCAGGGGAUGAGAGAGCUGCUCUGUGAGAAGUCCAACUUGUUUCUGAAGGAUCCAACUGACCUGAUGACCAACAUGUAUGGUGACACCAUUGUCACCUCUAAUGGUGAGGAGGCAUGUCUUCUCCGCCUGUCUCUCACCAGCCUGUUCACAGGAAGCUGUUUGGAAUCAUCCAGUGAUUAUAUCACCAGUGUAUGUGAGCGCUGUCUGAAGGACCUCUCUCUCAGUGGCCAGCCAGAGUGUGUGUACUCUGCCUUUAAGCGCCUGGGCACAGAGUUGGUUUUGGGCCUUUUUCUGAACAUACGAGCGGAGGAGCAGCCUGACCUAUUCCAGGAAAUCAUGCAGCUCUGCACCCAGCACUGGCAUGGUCUGAUCUCUGCUCCGGUCAACCUGAAGGUUCCCCUGUGGUCGUCGGGUUUCUCCACUGCUCUGGACGCCAGAGACAAACUGAUGGUCAUCAUUAAAGACAAACUGGAGAAUGACACACAGGGUUUUGUCGGCUCUCUUGGUUCUUUGCCGCUGCCCGACUCCACUUCUGCCUCCCAACAUCUGCUGCUGUUCAUCUCAGCUCUGAUCCCCAAAGCCCUGGCAUCGCUGCUCACCUCCUUCACACUGGCACUCAGUGGAAACAAACAGGCCCGUCUGCGAGCGAUGGAAGACCCUGAUUACCUGCGCACAGUACUGCUGGAGGUGCAGAGACUUUGGCCUCCUUUCAUUGGUGGACGCAGAAUAGCUGAUCAGGACACUACGAUCGCAGGGUUUCCUGUUCCAAAGGAUUAUGGUGCGAUCUAUAUCAGCCACUCUGUCCACCGCGACCCAGAGGUGUUCCAGCAGCCGGACAACUUCCUGCCGGAGAGAUGGAGCGGAAGGAAUGCAGGCCAGGAGCACUUCCUGUGUUCGUUCGGCAACGGGCCUAGAAGCUGUAUGGGAACUAAACUUACUGACGUCUUCCUUAAGUCUAGUUCCUUUUCACACUCCUUGACACAGGCCGGUCAACUGUCAACCAAUCGCUGAUAAAAUAAAUUCAGAAAGAUGAUGUACAGAUCCAUAGUAACGAGGUCAACCCUGCUCCGUCUUUCAGCUGAAGAUUUCUCUCAGUCCAUUCGUAAAUAUUGCUAUCAGCAACAUUGAACAGCAUGACCCAACUCUGCUAUGUGAUAAUGUACAAGAGAUAUACACUCUAUCCAUCAACUUGUUAUGGUUUGUUUUGCCAAAUGAUGUCCACGUUGAACCUUAUCUUUGUUUCUUUUUUUCGCUUUAAGACCACACCAUUUGGCUGUAAAGUGUGUCUGGCUCUCAGCAGACUGACCACUUGCACAUACCACCACAUCCACACACACACACACACACACACACACACACACACACACACACACACACACACACACAAACCGGAGGUCGUGACCAGAGUAAAAAGUAGACCGCACGGAUCUAGGUCAGAGAUGUGACUCAUCGCCUCCUUGCUUCAUCCUUCCCCUUUCCCUUCUUCCCUCCCACCCCCACCAUCAUCAUCCUUCCCCAAUUCCUUCACUCUUGCCUCCCUUCCUCCAACCCUGUUUCAUUCAUCCUGCUCCUCCACCUCUAUCAGGAAAAUCUUCAUUCACAAAGUGGAAGGAGGUGGGGCAACUGGCUGUUACUGGUGAAUGUGAUUGAGCUGCUCUGUGGCUGACAAUCAGCCAAUGGGGAAUGCUGGCUAUAGUAUCACCAACCAUGGAGCUCUGAGUGCACUUACUAUGUAGAACAAAAUACUGUGGAAUCAGCCGUUUGCUGUCGUGUGGUACCAUUGUUCAACAUUUACACAAAGGUGACUGGAGACGAUAGUGUAAUAUUAAUUUAAAUAAAGAAAAAUGAAAUUGUUGGGCGCCUGGGUAGCUCACCUGUUAGAGCGCACGGGCAUAUAUUAGAGGUUUACUCCUCGACGCAGCAGAGGUGGGUUCAACUCCGACCUGCAGCCCUUUGCUGCAUGUCAUUCCCCCUCUCUCUCCCCUUUCAUGUCCGUCCUUUAACAAUAAAGGCCUAAAAUGCCCGACAAAUAAUCUUAAAAAAAGAAAGCCUCUUAUUGAGCUCAGCUAGAUGGUCAAAUGAACAGAUAUCAAGAAAGUGUUUGUGAUUUGAGUCAACCUAAUGUUCCCUUUCAACUUGGCUGCUGAAAGGUGUUGCGGUGCAUUCGUACUUUCAAAUCUUGAAAACAACAUACAAAGAAAGUGUUAUGGAGGCUGUAGCUUCACACGUUGAAGACUUCUUCAGCGUUGGCGGAAGCUCUCGCUCUGCCAAGUACCUUCUGGUUUAACAUUUUGUUUUUGCACUGGUAUAAAAUUGGAAUAUGGAAAUUGUCACUCCCACCCCCAUUGCUUUUAACUCUAAAUAUCAUCUGUCAAGCAGAAAGUAAGCUACGUUUAUCUCGGUGCAGCAAAGACACUGAAGUUACAACACAUUCAGAAAAACUCCUCCUUUUCUUGUUUUG